UUAGCACAGAAACCAAGCCUUCUUUCCUAGCUGUUUGUUUUCAAAAUGGUACUAUUUACAUUAUGAAAAAUUAUGAUGAUGUUUCCCCUGUUGUCAUAGUAACUGGCUUGAAAGACAUGCUAGUAGAAUGGUCAAACAAUGGGGAUUUAUUAGCAGUAGCUGGAAUUAAAAGUGAUUCUGACGUCCAGUUUAAGAAUUAUGUCCAUUUCUACACUGAUUGUGGAACUCUUCGUUUCAGUACAACGAUACCUUACACACAGAGUCCUGUCUCAGCAGUAACCUGGGGCCAUAAUGACAAAAGAAUAUUCAUUGCCACUGGACAUAUGAUACAUAUAGGUUGGGUAACUCAAAGAAUAGCCUCUCUCCAACUUCUCUCCUGCCUUACUGUCCAGAAUUCUCUAACAGAGGAGAGUCAGAUGCAGAAACUUCCACUACCUCGACGUCUGAAAGUGCUAGUGUCACACUUGUUUAGUCAAACAAUAAAGUGUUAUCUUCCUGAUCCUCACCGACUGCGAGACUUUGUUUCGCAGCCUCCAGCUAACAAUAUUCGUCUCCAUUGUACAAUGGUGAGACAUGAUGAUGACAUUUUGACUGGUAGUGCCACUUAUACUUUGUUUCUUGAAUAUCUGGGAGGUUUAGUGCCACUUCUGAAAGGAAAAAGGACCAGCAAGCUUCGUCCAGAAUUUGUCAUUUUUGACCCUAAGAGCACAGACCUAGGAGAUGUUCGUCAGCGAUAUGGAAACUUCCAGUCCCCUGUUACGCUCACCUACCCAUUUAGUCCUUCAUCUCCACGUACUGCAUCACUACCCACAUCAUCAGAUAGUGAGGUUGAUGAGGGUUGUGCUUCACCUCGUAUGCAGCGACGACGGAGACAAAGAAGACUUGCUCAGCAAAGAGAGGGAGAAAACAAUGGAUUUCAACGGGGAGAGUUACUUUAUUUGGAUGACCUUCCUGAGGUUUGAUUCUAAUUUCAUAUAUAUUAGGCCUGAUUCACUUCUUCAAAAUCUUUAGCGAUAGUUUAAAACAACUGAACAAAAUAAA